AUCAGCCGCAGCACUACACCCAGCAUUUUAGACCGAUUCCACAGGGUUGUUUGUUUUCCCCUCGAACACCCCGAACGCCGCAGUCUGGUACUUCCUUUUGUGUCAAGGAACACCGAAGACAGAGGUCAUUAUCAGAGAGAGAGGAGAGAGAGAAAGCACUGUGUGUGUGUGUGUUUGAUUGGCUGAACUGUGAACGCUCUGCCCACCGAGUACCACACAGCCAGCCACGCGCAGAUAAAUUGGCUGCACAGGCUUGUGCAACUCAACAGUUUCCCCAAUCCGCCGGGCACCCGCGGACGAGGAAAGCAUUGAACGGCUUAAGUAUCGUUUCAAACAAAAGAGAGUCCAUGGCUGCCCCCGCACACUGCAGUUGCGUGUGGAUGCUGGUUCUGGGCACAUGUGUGUCGCUGGUGGUUGGAAUGGACUGCGGGAAGGAGUGUGCACUGUGUGUGUACCGUUUGCUGGGACAGCAGUCUGGUUUCUCCUCCCUGACAUGCUCACUUGAGUGCGAGGGUGGGUUGGACAGCCAGAAGCUCCGCCUGUGCCGGGACUUCCUACUGGAGGAGGAAUACCACAUUCCUCUGGAUGCUGACCCCCGUCAACAGCAAGAACAGGAAGGAGUGGGCACCAUAACGACUGAUGAUAAGGAUGCAUCACCGGAACACCAGUUGGCCAAGAAGUACGGUGGCUUUAUGAAGCGCUACGGUGGUUUCAUGUCUCGCCGCUCCUCCUCUCCAGAAGGCGCACUAGAGAAUCCUGGAAGCCAGGACGAGGAAGAAAAUGUUCGCCUGGAGGUCCUAAAGAUUCUCAAUGCAGCAUCUGAGCAUGGCAGUGAGGGGGAUGGUCAGGGAGGCGAUGCGGUUAAGAGGUAUGGAGGUUUCAUGCGCCGGGCUGAAGAAGGGUUGGCGCACGGUGACCUGCUGGAGGCUGUGUUAGGCCGCGGGCUCAAGAAGCGCUAUGGAGGGUUCAUGAGGCGUGUGGGCAGGCCUGAGUGGCUGGUGGACAGCAACAAGAGUGGUGGGGUCUUGAAACGGGCUUGGGAAAACGGCAGCGAGCUACAGAAGAGGUACGGGGGUUUCAUGGACUAGGACGCCACAGUUAUGACCAUUCACUCCCCUCAUCCCUCCAACUCCCUCUCUUCAGUCAGUCACCUUGUAGUCUGAACUUGUUAGUGUUUGAAUCAACUGCCCACCCGCUCUGCUAAUUACAUCUGCAUCAUCUGGCUUUGUAUAAUGUGCCGCUGCCUACUUCAUUGGUUCA